CUGGCAGCGCAUGGGAGAAGGUUGUCGCUGCUCACAUCAACUGAUAGUGUGACAGUGUGGAUAAGGCAGGACCCAUUAGCCAAGGAUAGGAGGACAAGUCACUGAGUUGAGCAUCGUGUUUACUACUUGGGUAUAGCCUUUGGAUCUUACCCUAUAUUCGUCUAUUGGAUAUAUCUCCGCCAUAAUAUAGGUACAAUGGUGCAAUCAAUAUCAUCAAAUGUUAGACAUUUUGUCUUUAGAUUCACAAACGUGUGGACUUUAUUAUUGUGGAUUACAAUAGCAUUUGCCAAGGAUUCGAAAAUAUCAUUAUAUAAACCGCCCGUGGGCAGUCCCUGCAAGUUCCCGGUGGCGCAGCAGACUUAUGUUAGAGACUCCAAAGACUGUAGCGUGUUUUACACGUGUUUCGGGAACCGCUCGUGGAAGUUGUCGUGCAGUACCCCCUACACUGUCUGGUCCCUCAAAUACAAGGUAUGUGUCUGGAAGCAUUCUCCUUAUGAUGAUUGUGAUAUACCCGACGGUGGAUUGACCACGCCGUCUCAACUUCGACGAUCACAACGACCCCAACCCCCAACUCGACGGCCUGAAACCAAGGGUCCUUUCACCCCUCCCCCUACCUAUAGACGUCCUACUACCACCAUCAAACCCCGAACAUGGCGUCCAUUGCCCACCGAUAAGCCCACCAGGGUUCCAGUAACUUGGAGACCUACCUCUCGACGCCCGACCACACGCUGGGUGACAAGGCGGCCCCCGAUAAGGAAAUCAACGCGGAAACCUACUUCUCGUAAACCCGUAACACAACAGCCGCUUGUUAGAUCUACACCCCGACGUCCUUCGACUUGGAGACCCACCACACGCAGAACUCCUUUCACACCACCAACAAGUCGAAGACCUUUCACAAGGCGCCCUACUUCCAAACCCACUACCCGUCGACCAACGACCCGUCGACCAUUUACCCGUCGACCAUCAACCCAUCGACCAUUAACCCGUCGACCAUCAACCCAUCGACCAAUUACCCGUCGACCAACAACGCGUCGACCAUUUACGCGAAGACCCACGACCCGACGUCCAAGAACCAGGAGACCCACUUCUCGGCGUCCAGUGUGGAGGCCAACAACAAAACGCCCAACAUGGCGCCCUGUGACUAGACGCCCUACAACUACUGCCCCUAGAAGAUCAACGUGGGCACCGUGGACAAGACCCCCUCUUACGUGGUGGCCGACAAGGAGACCCUCCAAGCCAUGGUUGAAUGGAAUCACCACACAGUGGCCAACAAGGCCUGUUUAUACAUCGCCUCGGACUACACCAACCACUACAACUACUACUCCUUCUACCACAACGACUACACCAACCACAACGACUACACCAACCACAACUACACCGACCACAACGACUACUAUUACGACGACAACUACGACGCCCAAGUCAACAACUACAAAAACGACAACAGUAAAAACAACAACGAUGACCACGACGACACGGCGACGAGCUACGUAUAACGAACAAUGUGGAGUUAUGUCGGAACCCAUGAUCAUCGGAGGAAGUCUGUCCCAACCUCGGAAGUGGCCCUGGCAGGUGUCGCUUCAGAUCAUCGCUGCUGUGGAGCCUUGGCAUAGAUGUGGAGGCGUCCUUAUACACCCCCAGUGGGUGCUCACUGCAGCUCACUGUGUAGAAGGUCAGUUCUAUGGAGACAUCAGGAACUGGCGAGUGGUUCUGUCCGAGGACAACCUGGAAGUGGAAUCAGGAAGGGAGAUGUACAGGAGGAUUGCCAGGAUUGUCAGUCACCCUGGCUACAUCAGAACCAGCAACUUUCCCAACGACGUCGCUAUGUUACAACUUGAUGAGCCUGUUGACGUCACUUCCGGCGAAGCUCGUGUAGCGUGCCUCCCAACGGACGAGGAACUGUCUCUGCUUGACAACUCCAAGUGUUGGAUCAGCGGCUGGGGCGAGACUAGAGGUUCUGGGGGUCAGGAGAACGCCAUGAACGAGCUGGGUGUGGACAUCCUGCCCAACUGGCUGUGUUCGUCCAUGUGGAGACGUGUGGGUAUCCACGUGCUGGACGACCAAGUCUGUGUUGGAUACGGAGAAACCGGAGCAUGUUACGGUGAUUCGGGUGGCCCUCUGAUGUGCGAGAUCGGCGGCAGGUACCACGUGACAGGGGUCAUGUCAUGGCUUAUCAACAACUGCUCCGCGCGGGGUUUCCCUAAUGUAUUCACACGGGUCACCAGCUACCUUGAUUGGAUAUACGAGAAGCUCGAGUACUACGAUUGGUGGAGAUACAACUAGUGUGUUCAUAAUAGGCGUGACGUUUCACCGUAGACAUGAUUGUGAUGUGAAUGGGCAUACUCUGUGAACGUGAAGAUGUUCACGUCGAGUAUAUCAUGUUCCGAACUUAUCCGAGUGAUGUAUACUCUCAUAGACUAAACCGGAAGCACCCCCGGUAGAACGAACAAUUGCUAUCGGGACUUCCUUCUUGUGACAUUGGAUACCUCGGACUUUAACGGGACUUUGCCGAUGUGUUCUGAAUGAAACAUUUAGUGUGUGUUCCUUCCAAGAUGAUUUGUUGCAGAUUUAUCGGUGAUCAGAUCCUGCAAUCAAGUAAUGGCGUUCCCCGGAUACAGAUUUCUUUAGAAAUAAUAUAUUUCAUAUACUUUAAAUUGGCUUCAGUAGUCGUAUGCAAGUAUUCUCCUCUCAAUAUGUCAAUUCUGAUUCUGGCAGUGGCGGCUGUAAAGAGGCCAAGACUUUGGCAAAUUGGCAGUUAUGGGAAGUUUAAUACAAGUCUAUUUUACGAUCAGAAUCUCAAUGUAAUGAUACCUUUAUUGGAACGCAUUACAUCAUCGCGACCUGCACUGGUAUUCAGACCGCGGAGCGUGUCAAUCGCUAAAUUUGCAAGGGAAGCGAAUAACCUGUGUUUUUUGUGUUCUUUUCAACAAUUGAUCAUUUUAACAGAUGGUGAGAUCUAUCAAAGGUCAACAUCCUAUCAGUCUUCCGCCAAGACGCCAUGUUGUCCUUUAAACACAAUUCGCCUUCCGUCUCCUUCACAAACUAUACAAAGAACUUUUCAUCUGUUUGUUGUGGCCUAGGCAUACGAAUACUCUGUGUGAGAGGGAGACAGUUUUCGUCACCUUCUAAUUGGUCUCAUAACAUCAUAACACAUAUACAAUAGUAAAAAAACAAUCGACUAUGCUUUGUACUUGCUGAAGUUAAAAAGAAUCAUUCUAUGCAUUGACGCCGACGCCAUUACAUCAGACGGUAACAAACUCCUCUCUAGUUCCUCGGAAUAGGUGUUAAUGGCAACUGACGUCCAUGAACUGAAAAAUAGACAAACAAUUUCACAGGAAUUUUAUCUCUUAAAUCCAAGGAUUUUAGAGUUUAAGAUUUUACCAAAUUUAGAUUUUGUUCUGAUAAGUCUUUGCUUCACCAGAGAAUAAGUAACUUUGCAGUUAACGCAGUUUUAACAGUAUUUCAGUCAGGUAAACGGACCAGCAAUUAUCUGGUAUCUUAUGAUAUAUGUUGUUUAACGCCGCACUUAGCAAUAUUCUAGCUACAUAGCCGCGUAAAUAAUCGAAUCCGGAUCCGACAAAGCGGUGAUUGAUAUUAUGAGCAUCAUCCCACGCCGUCGGGACACUAUGACACGCAUUUAGUCACCAAGCCAGACCACCCGAUCCAUUUAUUCAUAUUAAAAGGCUGGCAUAGGUUCGUGGGGAACUAUUCUCACCCAGAAUCUCCACGGGUCUCGCCUGUCAUAACUUCCUCUUAAAUUAUUUUCUUUGCUAAACAAUUAAAAGUUGAUUCCGAGGACAGGUGAUCAGAUUGUUACAGCCUUAAUAUGUGCAUAGUGUAUUGAGGAGAACUGUCUUUGUUUGCCUCCAUUCAUCAGUCACCAAUGAUCUCGCUGUAUAUCUCUAGCUGCUCAGUGUCUAUAGUGUACAUACGGUGAUGUAAAUAGCACCAGAGUGUACAUACAACAUCUAUAUUUAUAUAAAGUAUUGCGUAUAUGUGCAGGAGAUAUGAUGGUGUAAGAACUUCAGAGAAUACCAGUGCUGUAUGCCUUAUGACAUUGUUUCAAGUAGAAAUGUUAUGGACAAUAACACUGCCAGUCUCCUGUCUGAGAUUUGGUUCAGGGGAAACAUAUUUCAUCGAAAUAUUUCCAAAUGCAGCACCUGCACAUGUUUUUUAAUUCAUUUCCUGCGAAAAAGGUAACCAUAUUUCCGUGAGUGAAUUGAAUUAAACGUAGCAUCGGCAAUAUGCCAGUCACAUUGCAACGACUGUCAAACUUCAGUGAUAUGUUGUUUUCUUGUAUAUUUGUAUAUAAGAUGAAUUCUAUUAUUAUUAAUUGUGAUUUUGUAAAAUUUUUAUAUUUCUAUACGAUGUUAUGAUAUAUUGAUUUGUAAAGAUGUGUAAAGGUGUGUAAUA